AUGGCCUCAGCCACGCCCAUAUUGCAACUCAGAAACAUCGUAAAGAGCUUCGGCAGCCUGAACGCCGUCGACGGCGUCAGCCUCGAUAUCGAGGAAGGCGAGCUCUUUACCAUCGUCGGCCCCUCGGGCUCGGGCAAGACGACGCUCAUCCGCUUGCUGGUCGGGAUGGAUUCGCCGACCUCCGGCGACAUCCUGCUCAGGGGCAAGCGGAUCAACGACGUCCCCGCCAACAAGCGCCCGACCUGCAUGGUCUUCCAGUCGCUGGCGCUCUUUCCGCACAUGAGCGUGGGCGAGAACGUCGAGUACUCGGCCAAGUGCAAGGGCAUCGGCAAGAAGGAACGCCGGCAGCGCGCCGCCGAGUGCCUGAAGCUCUCCCACCUGCCGCAGAGCUACUACGACAAGGCCGUGACCCAGUGCUCGGGCGGCGAGCGCCAGCGCGUGGCGCUGGCCAGAGCAUUGGCCUUCAACCCGGAGAUCCUGUUCUUCGACGAGCCGCUGUCGGCGAUCGACUAUCGCCUGCGCAAGACGCUGGAGAAGGAGCUCAAGGACAUCCAGCGCGAGACGGGCAAGACCUUCGUCUACAUUACCCACAGCCUCGAAGAGGCGAUGGUGAUGUCCGACCGUAUCGGCGUGAUGCGCGAAGGCAAGCUCGCGCAGGUCGGCAGCCCCGCGACGAUCUAUACCCAGCCUGAGAACCGCUUCGUCACCGAGUUCAUGGGCGAGGUGAAUUCGCUCCCGGUGCAGCUCGCCGAUGACGGGCGGCUCCACUGCGAGACGCUCGACGCCAGCUUCGAGCCGCCUGCCGGGAUGCCGCCGGGCUUCAGCCGCGGCGUUCUGAUCGUGCGGCCGGAGAACGUCGCGAUCUCCGAUGGCGCGGCGACGGAGGCGGGCGACAAGGCGAUCCGGGGCGAGCUCUUCAACGAAUAUCUGCUCGGCUCCCGCAUCCAGUACCAGGUGCGGAGCGGCGCGAUGGUCUUCCUCAUCGAGGAGCUGCGCGCCGACGCCGUCACGCGCCUGCCGGGCGACAAGGUGACGCUCUCCUGGCAACCGGGCGAUUCGAUGGUCUUCCCGGAAUGA